UCGAUAUCGGAAGCAGCUGGAUAUUAAAUGGCUGAUUUAUGAGUUUACACGAAGAUGAUAAAGACGGAGAGGAUCCUACAUUUGAAGAGCUGCCGGGGACGGAAGGUGCGUGUGGUGCGGGAGCAUUAUCUGCGGGAGGAGGUCCCGUGUUACAGCUCACUGUGUCAGGGGGGCUGCGUGAACGAUGGGAAAGUGUUGCCGGGAGAUUUGAUCCACUAUGUGGUGCCUGAUGUCGGCGUGGUGGUCGACUACAUGGAGAUCCUGGAGUUACGAGAGCUGCAGGGCAUCGUCUUCACCCAGACCGCCUGCCAGGGUGUGCAGCACAGCAAAGGACGCAGGCAAUACAACCGUCUGCGAAACCUGCUGAAGGACCCUCGACACGACUGUGUGCUGUUCGCCAACGAAUAUCAGGAGUAUUCCUACUGUCCGCGGGAGAAAGGGGAAAGCCAGGAGAAGUGGCAGACCAGGUGUGUGUACUCCGCAGCAGUGUGGUACUAUAACCACCUGGCAGGUAUGAGGAAUGUAGUGAUGAUCACAGACGACCAGGAAGCCGUAGCUCAAUACAACAGCCUCAACUCUGGAGUCUACGUCAUGUCCGUCCAGGAUUAUCUGCGGGACUUCUGGCAGGAUCUGCAGGCGGCCCACGAUCUGUACAGCUCCAUUUCUCAGACGCUACAGGAGAAGGAGAGCGUGAGCGCGGAGGGAGGGAAGGAGUACUCCGAACAUCUGCCCAGUGAAAUCCUGGAGGCCGGGAUCAAGUCUGGACGGUACAUUCAGGGCACUCUGAAUGUCAACAAGCAUCGGUCUCAGCAUGAAGCUUCAGUCCGGCCGGAGGGAAUCACCACCAAGAACACAGGUGAAGAUAGUCUCCUUUAAUCAUCGGAGGGGGAGGUGCUGGUGGACGGCAGUAAGAACCGUAACCGGGCGGUGCACGGCGACGUGGUCGUGGUGGAGCUGCUGCCGAAGAGCGAGUGGAGAGGAAAGGUAACGGCGCUGAGCGAGGGACAAACGGAGGAGAAGAGAGGAGACGACAGCGAGAGUAAACCAAUGCCUACAGGUCGCAUCGUGGGGAUCCUGCAGAGGAACUGGAGGGACUACGUGGUGACGUUCCCUCUCAGGGAAGGACCUCAGCCUCAGACCAGGAACUCCCAGCGUAUUCUGGCCGUUCCCUGGGACAACCGCAUCCCCAAGAUCCGCAUCAGCACGCAGCAGGCCGACGCUCUGCAGGAUCACAGAGUGGUGGUUCGCAUCGAUUCGUGGGAAAGCACGUCGCUCUAUCCAAACGGACACAGCGUUCGGGUUCUGGGUCGAGCCGGAGAACUGGAGACGGAGAUCAGCACGAUCCUCAUAGAGAACAGCAUCCAUGUACCGUCGUUCUCAGACGCACAGCUGAAAGAGAUGCCCGUCACCUCUCCGGAGCAGCCUUGGUCUGUGGAUCCCGUCCAGGUGUCACAUCGUCGGGACCUGAGAGAAACUCACCUGGUUUUCAGCAUCGAUCCGCGAGGCUGCGAGGACGUAGACGACACGUUGUCGGUGCGUCGCGUUGCCGGGGGAACGAAGCUCGAGCUCGGAGUUCACAUCGCUGACGUCACUCACUUUGUGAAUAAAGGAUCGCUCACCGACCUGGAGGCACGAGCCAGGUAG